ACAACACAACAGAACAACAUCACAAGUUCACAACAACACAGCAGCAAAAGUUCACAACACAGCAGCAAAAGUUCACAACACAGCAGCAAAAGAACAGCAUCACAAUUCACAACACAUGCAUCCAUGUAGUCUUAACCAUUUCUUUGAAAAUACAGUUACAUUUCUUUGAAAAUGUACACUGUAAAUAGCUAUGAAACUAAUACAGAGUGAAUCUGCAACUACUUAGGCCUAGUGUAGCAUGUAGACUGUAACAAAGUAUUUCGCAAAUAAAACAUAAACGAACAUUGCCUCACAAACAACAUCACAAUUCACAAGUUCACAAUCAACAAUCGAGUGUAUAUUCACCCAAAGAUACUAGAGAAUUCAAGGGAAGGAACAGCCGAACAGAUCUGAAUUUUUUAUUAAAUUGUACAUGUAAAUUGUAAUUUUAUCAUGAUUCAAACUCAUCUUUAAUAAUCAUUUUCGUAAUUAACACUACUCAUAAUUAAAACCUUAAGAAAUUAACUUUCAUUUUCCAGAUUUGAACCAAGUAAAUGCUUAAUCGCAAAUAUGAAAAAUUACCUUUGGACGGCAGGACGGUGGAGGAAUGGACGGUGGAUGCUGGACGCCUGGACGGUGAUUGGUGGUGGAAUGGACGGUGGAAUGUAUGAGAGUUUGAGACUUAGGGUAAGAGGCUGAGAGCGUGGAGGAUUCAGACUUUCAGAGGAAAACGCAAAUAGAUUAGGUUUUUUUUUGGGUUUAUAUACUUAGGGUAAAUUGGGCCUAAUAUUUCGGUUUUUUCAGUUUUAUUCGGUUUUUCGGUUUUUAAUUUUCUCAGACCGAAAGCGAACCGAAAAUCGAAUUUUUUUUUUAACAAACCAAGCCGAACCACUUUAGGAAAAAAACCGAACCAUAUUUCUUAUUCGGUUUGGUUUUAAACCGAAUUUGUUUCACCCCUAAUGCUACGUUGUGCAUUCUCUUCUUCUCAUCUCCUCUUUGUUGUUUGCCCCUUUGUAAUUCCCCCAAUUUUUCCAUCAAUUCCUUCAUUACCCUUUUCUUUCUUCUCUUCGAUUUCAUCACUAUACCCGCCAAUUUUCUCUCUCCUCCCUCGUUCGAAUUUCUGUUAAUUCUCCCCCUUUUCGUCUUCCUCCUCCUUCCAUCAAUCACAAUUUCUGAUUUUGGGGUUUCUUACCUCGAUUUGUUCGAGAUUGUUCCCUUUCUGUGUUCCAUGAAUUGGGUUUACAAGAUUUGAGGAAUACCCAGUUCGAAUUUGAUGAUUUACACUGUUUUUUAUGCUCAAUUGAUGGAUCAAAACCCAAAUUCUUGGGUUAGGGUUCUAUAAUUCAGAGGUUGUUGAUGCCACUGAUGACUGUACAUUAUUGAGAGUAUUCAGCAUCUUGCUUGCAUAGUUGAAUUGGUGAAGUUUGCAAAUUGUAAAUCUUCAUUAAAUUAUGGCAAAUCAUGACGUCCUUGGGAAAAAUCAUGGAAUGGAUAUAGGUCAUGACCGGCAGUUGGUCCUUGCCCAUAAUCAUUCCCUAGGUCAUGAACAUGAACUGGGUUUGAGAGAAAGGCAUGAGCAGGAACUAGGUUUAGAAAAUGCCCACAACCAUGAUGAAUUGGCUUUGGAACAGAGCCAUGACCAUGAAUCGAGUGAUGGGCAUCAUUAUGAGCAAAGCAAUGACUUGCAUAUGGAGCAUAAACCUGAUAAUGAAAGCCAUGAAUUUUCUUCACAGAACAAUGAUUUAAGUAUGGUAGAGCACAAUGAGCUGACUGUUUCCGGCAAUCAAGACCUUGAUGAGGAUUUGGAGUUAGAUAUUGAUCAAAAUCAUGAAAUGGGAAUUGAAGCUAUUGAUGACAUGGUUGUUCAGGAGCCAGAAUAUGUACUUAGUCAUGUUAUUCAGGCGCGUUCUUUGGUUGUUAGCCCUAGCCAUGAGAUCCGUGUAGGGCAGGAAUUCCCAGAUGUCAAGAGUUGUCGCAGAGCUUUAAGGGACAUGGCAAUUGCUCUACACUUUGAAAUGCAGACCAUAAAAUCUGAUAAAACUCGCUUUACUGCCAAAUGUGCAGCUGAAGGAUGCCCCUGGCGUGUGCAUGCUGCGAAGCUUCCUGGGGCACCUACUUUCACAAUCAGAACCCUUUAUGAGCUCCAUACCUGCAAUGGCAUAGGUCAUCUGGGCCACCAGCAAGCAUCAGUUCAGUGGGUGGCUAAUUCUGUCGAACAACGUUUGAGAGAGAAUCCUAACUGUAAGCCUAAGGAGAUACUAGAAGAGAUCCAUCGGGUACAUGGGAUCACCUUGUCAUACAAGCAGGCCUGGCGGGGAAAGGAGCGUAUCAUGGCAGCUAUGCGUGGAUCCUUUGAAGAAGGUUAUCGGCUUCUGCCACAAUAUUGCGAGCAAAUUAAACGCACAAAUCCAGGCAGUAUUGCUGCUGUUUACGCUAGUCCAGAAGAUGGCUGCUUCCAGCGGCUCUUUAUAUCAUUCCACGCAUCUAUAUAUGGCUUCCUAAAUGCUUGUCGACCACUUCUUGGACUUGAUAGGACCUAUUUGAAAAGCAAGUACUUGGGAACUUUGUUGUUGGCCACUGGUUUUGAUGGGGAUGGUGCUCUCUUUCCUUUGGCAUUUGGUGUAGUUGAUGAGGAAAAUGAUGAGAACUGGAUGUGGUUUCUAUCAGAACUCCACAAUUUGCUUGAGACUAAUACUGAAAAUAUGCCAAGGCUUACCAUUUUGUCAGACAGGCACAAGGGUAUUGUUGAUGGAGUGGAAGCAAAUUUUCCUACUGCUUUUCAUGGAUUUUGCAUGCGUCAUUUGAGUGAAAGCUUUCGGAAGGAGUUUAAUAACACAAUGCUCGUCAACCUUUUAUGGGAAGCUGCUCAAGCUCUUACCAUAAUUGAAUUUGAAGCAAAAGUUUUGGAAAUAGAGGAGAUGUCACAAGAUGCUGCAUUUUGGAUUAGAAGAAUUCCACCCCGCUUAUGGGCUACAGCAUAUUUUGAGGGGACACGAUUUGGGCAUCUGACUGCAAAUAUAGUUGAAUCUCUAAAUAUUUGGCUUCUUGAAGCUUCUGGGCUCCCAAUCAUUCAGAUGAUGGAGUGCAUACGGAGGCAGCUAAUGACUUGGUUUAAUGAACGACGUGAAACCAGCAUGCAGUGGACAUCGAUACUUGUUCCAACUGCUGAAAGGCGUGUUGAAGAGGCAAUUGAGCAUGCCCGCUCUUUCCAAGUUCUCCGUGCAAAUGAGGCAGAGUUUGAAGUUAUAACAAAUGAAGGAUCUAAUUUUGUGGAUAUUCGAAAUCGUUGCUGUCUUUGCAGGGGAUGGCAGCUGUAUGGUCUACCAUGUGCCCAUGCUGUGUCUGCGCUACUUUCCUGCAGACAGAAUGUACAUCGCUUUACAGAAAGUUGUUUCACCGUUGCAACUUAUCGGAAGGCAUACUCACAGACUAUACAUCCAAUUCCAGACAAGUCAUUGUGGAAAGAGUUGUCUGAAGAGGACUCGGAUGCUACCAGAUCUGAUGGGGCUAUCAUUAACCCUGCUACCAAAUCUGAUGAAACUAUUAUUAACCCUGCUACCAAAUCUGAUGGGACUAUCAUUAACCCACCCAAGUCUCUUCGCCCUCCUGGAAGACCUAGGAAAAAAAGAGUUCGAGCUGAAGAUCGUGGCCGUGUUAAACGGAUUGUGCACUGUAGUCGUUGCAAUCAGACAGGUCAUUUCAGAACUACUUGUGCCGCACCUAUAUAGAUUUUUAUCUGAAGAUUGGCAAAUCAGGUGAUUAUCAUGUGUUUCUAUAUAUUAGUUAAAUAGAAACUUCAAGUUUCUUGUAAGCCUUAUAUUUUUUUUUUAUGCAACAUUCUAGUUAGUUAGAAUAGCUUGUCUAUAUUGGUCUCUUUCCUAUUAUUAGGAAAAUAUGUGAACAAAGCAUUAGCUGCUAUAUACCUAUUCAUAACGAAUAAUACAAUUACUGUGGAAGAGCUUAUUCA